GGAUGGGGCUGCCUGGCCCGGGGGUGCGGGAGCGGAGUGGUGGCGGCUGCGGCCUGGUGUGCCGGCGGUAACCGGGGAGGGGAAGGGAAAGGAAAGGGAGAAAGGGCAGAGCGCUCGCCAUGGACAGGUUUUCGUGGACCAGUGGGUUGCUGGAGCUGGGAGAGACGCUGGUGAUCCAGCAGCGCGGUGUGCGGCUCAGCGACGGGGAGGAGAAGGUACAAUUUAAUAGUGGAGUAUUACUGCUUAGUACACAUAGACUAAUCUGGAGGGAUCAGAAGAAUCAUGAGUGCUGCAUUGCUAUACCUCUGUCUCAAAUUGUCUUCAUUGAAGAGCAAGCAGCUGGGAUAGGAAAAAGUGCCAAAAUAGUGGCUCAUCUUCAUCCUGCUUCUUCAAACAAAGAGCCAGGUCCAUUCCAAAGCAGCAAAUACUCCUACAUCAAACUUUCUUUCAAAGAACACGGACAGAUUGAAUUCUACAGACGAUUAUCAGAAGAAAUCACACAAAGGAGGUGGGAGACCAUGCCUACUGGUCCAACUAUUCAAGUUAACAAGGUUCCACAGGCAGGAAGAAUAAGGGCUGUAGGAAUUGUGGGGAUUGAAAGGAAAUUGGAAGAAAAAAGAAAAGAGACUGACAAAAACAUUUCUGAGGCUUUUGAGGACCUUAGCAAGCUAAUGGAGAAGGCUAAGGAAAUGGUGGAGUUAUCCAAGUCAAUAGCUAAUAAGAUUAAAGAAAAGCAAGGUGACAUCACUGAGGAUGAGACUAUUAGGUUCAAGUCCUAUCUCCUGAGUAUGGGUAUAGCUAAUCCAGUUACUAGGGAAACGUAUGGAUCUGGUACACAAUACCACAUGCAACUGGCAAAGCAACUCGCUGGAAUACUGCAGACACCAUUGGAGGAGCGAGGAGGGAUCAUGUCACUUACAGAAGUCUACUGUAUGGUGAAUCGUGCACGAGGAUUAGAGCUGCUUUCACCAGAAGAUUUGGUAAAUGCUUGUAAGAUGCUGGAGUCACUGAAAUUACCACUAAGGCUUCGGGUAUUUGACAGUGGUGUGAUGGUGAUUGAACUCCAGUCUCAUAACGAAGAGGAAAUGGUAGCUUCUGCUUUAGAGACAGUAUCUGAAAAGGGUUCUCUCACAGCUGAUGAGUUUGCUAAGUUAGUGGGGAUGUCGGUUCUCUUAGCCAAAGAAAGGCUUCUUCUGGCUGAAAAGAUGGGCCAUCUUUGCAGAGAUGAUUCUGUGGAAGGCUUGAGAUUCUACCCCAAUUUAUUUCUGACACAAAGCUAAUGUACUUGGUGUACAAUUUUUGUUUAACAGUUGAACAGGAGAGCAGAGGGCAGAACCCUUCCAACAACUGACUUUAAAAAAAUAUAUUUUAUUUUAUUAGUCAGCUGCAACAGUGAUGAACAUUACAAUGCUUUACAGUUCUCAGGUAUUUCAAAUGCUGAAUCCUCUUACGUGGGACUUAAAUGAAAUAGGAAUUGCAAAGUCAGAAGCAUGUUAAUUGUCUCAAGCUGGAAAGCUCGUUUCAAGUUUCAUUUGAUGUUCUCUGUAGUGUCCCAUUUCAAGAGAAGUCAGAUGAAGAUUCCACACGAGUGAAAGUGGAGAGAAUAUCCCUGUAGUCUGCCAUGAUGAUCAGCAUCCAAAAGACAGGUUACUGCAUACUCCAAUUUCAGUUUGUUUGUAUCUAGAGUAACAAAGCAGACAGAUGUAUCCGUAGUGAUAAGAAAAGAGACUUCGGUGUAUACUGAGGAAUAAGGAACAAAACCAGUGCAGAAUAACCCCUUCUCCCUUUAGUGAUGAAUGGUUUUCUCAGAGAGGGUCUUGGGGUUCUUGUACUUUGAGACAGACAGAACCUGCUGCUGGAGAGACUAACGUAUGGUAUGUGAAUCUUGAAAACAUGGUGUUUAUUUUGUCAUGUCUUAUUCUAGUGUCUCAGUUAGAAGCAUUGUUAGCACAGACUUCCUCCCUUCUCUUUCCUUGCCAUCUUCCUUCCUGUCUCACUGUUUUGCACUUUGGGUGCCCUUUCUUUAUGUAACAGAGUGAAAUAGCGUCCUGUCACUCUACCAGACUUUGUGCUUUAAUGUGCUUGGUUUUCAUGUUGUACUUGAAAGAUCAUUUGUUUCAACAGCUAUAAUCUGUCUAAUCACAUACAAUUUGCUUUAUAUCUCAUAUGCAAGAAUUAAUAUGCUUUCAAUAUUGAAGGGAGGAAGAAGACUAUCACCUGUCUUUAAUGGUCAUGAGGUAUCAUAUUGUUUGGUAUUCUUCACCCUGUGUUCACACUGGGUGCAGUUUGAUAGUCUCAGUUUUCAUAACUCCAGUGGAGUUGUUACAUUAUUUGAAGAUCUGCUAUGGUAAUAAUUGUAAGUGGAUGUUUAUGAUCCACAUCACUUAAAUUUUCAAAGCAAGUAUUUUGAAGCAACCACUUUAAUAAAUAAUGAAAUUCAUUCAAGGUAUGGGGAAGGACAACAUGUAGGUAGCUGCAUUGUGUUUGCAAUGGCCAGACUGACAUCAUGAAAAAAGAGAAAAAGGCUUUUAAGAGCCUGAGAAUAUUUUCUGAACUAUUUUGGUGUUGCCAUAACUUAGACAAGGGUUAAGAGCCUGCUGAUAAAGAAUUCAGUGCAGAGAUCCCUACAGUGAUGAUGCUUUCUGUUUGUAGGAUGCUGGUUUAGAUCCAGGGAACUGUGUCCUCUUAUCCUUGUCAUGAGCAAACAUUUAUGCAGUGCUUUCUUUAGGGCAGGUUUCCUCUGUUUCAUGAAGGUGCUAAAACUAAUUUUGAGACGGCUGAAGGAGCUGGUUCCUUGCUAUUUUUACUGUGUUAACCAUCCAAUACCAUAUCCUCAAGAGCCUUAGGGCUUGUUGCUCUUCUCCAUCCUCCACACAAUCUACACAAGAAAUCUGUAUGAGGUACUCCAAGCAUCACGCAUCUCUGGAGGGACUGGAAGUGAGGAGUUCAGAAACAAGAAGCUGAUUUGUGACAGCCCUUUCUUUUGUUGGACACCCAGAUCUGUCAAGGGACACCAAUGGCAUAGGCCUAGAGGUCUCCCCACAAGGGGGCAUGUCAUCUGCAGAAAGAGCAAAACCAGAAAGGAAAUGCCAGGUGGACACUUCCAGCCUCCGUUUCUCCAACCAAGAAUUUCAUUACCUUCAUUAAGCAAUAACAGUACAGCCUGUUUAGAAAAGUGGUUUCAUUCUUGAGCUUUUCUUCCCCAAGAUUUUUCCUUCACUUUUUUUUUUUUUUUUUUUAAACAGGAAAGAAAUCUCUAGGGUAAAUUGUAUAGCUGGUUUAGAAUUUAAGCAUAUAUGUGAGAAAAUGAGACAAUUACCACUUGAAAGUAAUAAAAAUUAAUAGAUUUUCUUAGA